GGGAAAGGUUAAACGCGGAGCCGAGCGCCGGCCGGGAAGCGCGAGCGGCCGGCGUGGAGGCAGGUCCCAGCUGAUCUCCGGGCGCCGGCAGCACCCGGGCCGCGCGCCCCCCUCCGCCUGAGUCACGGCGCCCGAGUCCCCACGCGGAGAUGCGGUGAGCGCGGCCGGACGCCGCGGGCCGGGGCGCAGCGUGGGCCUCGGGGCCGCCCAGGGCCCCACACGGAAGCCGGCGGGCGGCGCGCUCCCUCCCGGCGGCCUCCAGACCGGCUCCUGCGCGGCGGGCGCCCGCCGCCCUCCAUGGCGUUCAUCCGGAAGAAGCAGCAGGAGCAGCAGCUGCAGCUCUACUCUAAGGAGCGGUUUUCCUUGCUCCUUCUUAACUUGGAGGAAUACUUCUUCGAGCAGCAUACAGCUCAUCAUAUUCAGCAUAAGGGCAGUCAGAAGGAAAGGAGAGUCAGAGGCUCCUUAAAAAUAUGUUCAAAAUCUGUUAUUUUUGAACCAGAUGCAAUAUCCCAGCCCAUCAUUAAGAUUCCUUUGAGAGAUUGUAUAAAAAUAGGAAAACAUGGAGAAAAUGGAACCAAUAGACAUUUUGCAAAGGCAAAAUCUGGGGGAAUUUCACUCAUUUUCAGUCAGGUAUAUUUCAUUAAAGAACACAACAUUGUUGCACCAUAUAAAAUAGAAAGAGGCAGAAUGGAAUAUGUCUUUGAAUUGGAUGUUUCAGGGAAAGUGGAAGAUGUUGUGGAGACGUUGCUUCAGCUUCACAGAGCAUCCUGCCUUGACAAACUAGGGGACCAAACUGCUAUGAUAACAGCUAUUUUGCAGUCACGCUUGGCGAGAACAUCAUUUGACAAGAACAGGUUCCAAAGUGUUUCUGAAAAGCUGCACAUGGAAUGCAAAGCAGAAAUGGUGACCCCUCUGGUGACAAACCCCGGACAUGUGUGCAUCACUGACACCACCCUGUAUUUUCAGCCCCUCAAUGGGUACCCGAAACCUGUGGUCCAGAUCACACUCCAGGACGUCUGCCGCAUUUACAAAAGGAGGCAUGGCCUCAUGCCUUUGGGAUUGGAAGUGUUUUGCACAGAAGAUGACCUGUGUUCUGACAUCUACCUAAAGUUCUAUGACCCUCAAGAUAGAGAUGAACUCUAUUUUUAUAUUGCCACGUAUCUAGAGCACCACGUGGCAGAGCGCACGGCCGAGAGCUACACGCUGCAGUGGCAGCGCGGGCACCUCUCCAACUACCAGUACCUGCUGCACCUCAACAACCUGGCCGACCGCAGCUGCAACGACCUGUCGCAGUACCCGGUGUUCCCGUGGAUCAUCAGUGAUUAUUGCAGCUCAGAAUUGGAUUUGUCAAACCCAGGAACCUUCCGGGAUCUUGGGAAACCAGUAGGGGCCCUAAAUAAGGAGCGACUGGAGAGACUACUGGAACGCUACCAGGAGAUGCUAGAGCCAAAGUUCAUGUAUGGCAGUCACUACUCUUCCCCAGGUUACGUGCUGUUUUAUCUUGUCAGGAUUGCACCAGAGUAUAUGCUGUGCCUACAGAAUGGAAGAUUUGAUAAUGCAGAUAGAAUGUUCAACAGUAUUGCAGAAACUUGGAAAAAUUGUUUGGAUGGUGCCACAGAUUUUAAAGAGUUGAUUCCAGAAUUCUAUGGUGAUGAUGUCAGCUUCUUAGUCAAUAGUCUGAAGUUGGAUUUGGGGAAGAGACAAGGAGGGCAGAUGGUGGAUGACGUGGAACUUCCGCCGUGGGCACGGAGUCCCGCGGACUUUCUCCAGAAGAGCAGAGAGGCACUGGAAAGCAAUUAUGUGUCCGAGCACCUUCACGAGUGGAUUGACCUCGUGUUUGGCUACAAGCAAAAAGGAAGCGAGGCUGUUGGGGCCCAUAAUGUAUUUCAUCCCCUGACCUAUGAAGGAGGUGUGGACUUGAACAGCAUCGAGGAUCCGGAUGAGAAAGUAGCCAUGCUGACCCAAAUCUUGGAAUUUGGGCAGACACCAAAACAGCUCUUUGUGACACCACAUCCUCAAAGGAUCACCGAAAAGUUCAAAAGUUUGCCCCAAACCUCCUGUGAUAGCGUUUCCAUAGCAGAUUCUCCAGGGGAAGAGUCUUUUGAGGACCUGACUGAAGAAAGCAAAAAACUGGCCUGGAAUAACAUAGCCAAACUGCAGUUGCACGAGCAACAUAAACUCCACAAAGAGGCGGUUACUGGAAUAGCGGUCUCUUGCAAUGGCUCAUCAGUCUUUACGACAUCACAAGAUAACACCUUGAAAAUGUUUUCUACAGAAUCCAAAAUGCUACAAAGAAGUAUAUCAUUUUCAGAUAUGGCGUUAUCGUCUUGUUUACUUUUACCAGGAGAUGACACUGUCAUAAGUUCCUCAUGGGAUAAUAAUGUCUAUUUUUAUUCUAUAGCAUUUGGAAGGAGCCAAGGCACAUUAAUGGGACAUGAUGAUGCUGUUAGCAAGAUCUGUUGGCAUGACAACAGGCUGUAUUCUGCAUCGUGGGAUUCUACCGUGAAGGUGUGGUCUAGUGUUCCUGCAGAAAUGAUAGGCACCAAGAGACACCAGUUUGACCUGCUGGCCGAGCUGGAACACGAUGUUAGUGUGGAUACCAUCAGUUUAAAUGCUGCAAGCACACUGCUGGUUUCAGGCACCAGAGAAGGCAAGGUGACUAUCUGGGACCUCACCACGGCCACCAUACUGCACCAGAUUCAGUGCCAUUCAGGGACUGUGUGUGACACUGCUUUCAGCCCAGAUAGUCGCCAUGUCCUCAGCACAGGAGAAGACAGCUGUGUGAAUGUAAUAGACGUGCAGACAGGAAUGCUUAUCUCCUCCAUGACUUCCGACAAGCCCCAGAGGUGCUUUAUCUGGGAUGGAAAUACUGUUUUAUCCGGAAGUCAGUCUGGUGAACUUCUUGUUUGGGACCUCCUCGGAGGAAAACUCUGUGAGAGAAUACAGGGACAUAAAGGUGCUGUGACCUGUAUAUGGAUGAAUGAACAGUGUAGCAGUAUCAUCACAGGAGGGGAAGACAGAAAAAUUAUGUUCUGGAAAUUGCAGUAUUAAGUGCCUUUUCCUCUCCUGAAUGUUAAAAACUCUAUUUAAUGUGUUUUUAAGCCAAACUUUUAAAUGAACUGGUGAAAGUGCAAUGGUAGUAUUAGAAGUUUUACCACAUAAGAAAUUUGUGGUUUUAAACUUUCUAAGUCAUGGUGACGUCACUGAAAAUUGUUAGUUGCCAUCCUGAAAGGAAGGUAAAGGUACAGCACUGUUAGGGAGGAACAUUAACAUUUGUAAGGCAGAUGAUCAUCCCAGUAUGAUGAUGGUCAGAAGACAGGUUUGAGUGGCAGAGAUGCUAAAUUGGGCUGGGGAACAUUCAGAAAGCACUUAACAAUUUAGAAUUUUCCAAGAAAAUGUGCCGUAUUCUCUACUCCUGAGCCACUACUUUGUCUUCCUGAUUUACACCAUUGCUGCCCCCUGGGUUCUGGGUGUUUUCAUGGUGUGGUUACUUUCUAUAACCUACUGUCCCCAGAUUCCAGGGACCCGGGGAAGGAAUGGCCGUUCUUACAGCAGUAAGUUUACUGUGUACAGGAACAGUUUAUUUCAUGAUAACUAUUAAAUGCUCAUCUUUUCUACAUUAAAAAUAUUUUUCUGUAAUGCAA